AUGAAUGGUUUCUCGAUCCACAACAACAGCAUAGCCUUGUUGUUUGCAAUUCUCACAUUCUUCUUAAUGACUUCGUUUGUACUUACUGCGCCAUUGGAUUCGGAAGAUGAACCAGGAGAAAACAUGUUGAUUGGCAGACCCGUUAUGGGGGAUGCAGACAUGACAUGGGAUGCAAUUAACACGGCUGCACUGCGCAAGAUGUUGUUGCAAAUGGACGCCGAGGAAAGACUGGGAUUGAAUCGUGAGAGCCGAUCCUGGCCAAGGCAGAGCCGUGGUUGGGGAGCAAGGAGCCUGGAUGGUCAAAUUAAUCGACCCUGGCGCGCUGACAAACGACAGGCGCGCUUCCGGCAAUGCUACUUCAAUCCUAUCUCCUGUUUCCGGAAAUAA